CACUUUGGGCUUCUGUAGUAAAAUAAUGCAAUAAGACGUAUAGAAAUAUGUGUCCUUUUCCUUUUUACUCUACAGUAGCUUGGAUAUUGUUCAACUGGUGUUUAACUAUUCCUUAUAUUAAAUCUUAAAAAUAUUAUCUUGAAGGUUACAAGGCAAUCAUUUUCUCAUGGACUCUUUCAUUUUUUUACAUUAUUGAAAUGUUAAUAGUAUUAAGCUUAAGGCAUUUGUAUGAUGUGAAAAGACUAUAAUAUUUAAACAAUAAGCCUUUGGGGGAAACUAUAAGUUAGACGUGAAGCCUUAUCCAUGAGGGGCAGAUGAGUCUUUGUAGUUCAGUCAAGGACAACAGAGUAAGGCGAAGAUUUGUGAACAGAAACACAACACGCAAAGAAAGUCUACCGCAAGACAUGAAUUCAGAUAUUUAUUUAAUAAGGCUCAUUGGGAACAAGACCAUCCUAAACAGGUGUAAAAUGAUUGAAAAGCACCUGAAUGAUUAUGAUUCUGUUGUAAUUCACGUUUACUCACUCAGAUAGAAAAAAUACGCAUUUAUAUCUUUAAAUGUUGAUGAUCAUUUUUCAUAUGGAUGUUUAUUAUUUCAUAAGGUUUAGUCUUUUCAUAUCCUCCUGCUUUCGUAACCUUAUGUUGCCUCCAUCAUAAUUCAUGCUGCUUCUUCACAUCAGCUGCCUCAAAGCCCCCUCAUGUUUUUACCCCAGAUGCUCAGAGUGAGUGUGUGCGCAUGUCUGCGAGCGCGUGCAUGAGAAGAGCCAGCGCAGAAGAAGAAAUAUCUCAGCUGUCUUCCAUCCUUUCUUCAGUAACCUGCAUAGCAACUGGACGCGCGGCCGUCUUCCUCCUCUUUCCUCGUGCAGCUCUGUGGAUGGCGCUCUGGGCCAAUCACGUCGGCCAUUCCUCGUGACGUCCUCUUUGUUGACACUUCCAUUAGCUCGCCACCUGUGUGACGUCACUGCGGCAGGUUGGGUUGGGGAGGGGGGCGGUGACGAACCAGAGCGGGGGGAAGAAAACAAAGAGCUUGAAACAUGCGGCAGAGGUCCCACUCCGUUUUGUUUUUAUGAUCUCACGGGUGCUAGCCUGACGAAGAGAUUCACAUUUUUUUUUAACUAUAAUUAUCUGAACAAGGUUUGACUGUGUGCGUGGUAAUGUGUUUGAACCGUUUUUAUCUUGACUUUAAUUUUCUUACUUUGCUCUUUUCAGUGCCUUGUCAUGAUGUUUUUGUUGUUGCUAUUGUCACAUUUCCACAACAGGAUCUGUGCAGCUUGACCUCCAUAUCCUUGACGCCUUUUGUUUUUAGAACUGCUGAACUUAUUACUUCCAAGAAACACACACACACACAAAAUAAAAUAUAUGUUGAAUGAUUUUUACUUUAAAUCAAAAACUUUGUUUUUAAAAAGGCAUUAUCAGGCCCACCUCUAAGGCUAGCAGGCAAUGAAGGCAUUUCAAGCAUGUGAAUCUGGAUAUUAUAAAACAAUAAUAAUAAUAAUAAUAACACUAAGAAGUGGUAAGAGGAGCUUCUGGCAGACUGUUUUACCAUGAUUUUCAGAGAUUAAUUCUGGUUAUCUGUUUGUUUGAUCAUAGCCUUCCGUUUUAGCUUUAGUUCUACUAUGCUCGUACCAACCUGAUGAAAAAAGAGAGUAGCAUCUCUCAUUCAUUUUUUUAAAAUAUGUCAUUACAUUCAUUACAUUUGCUGUCUUAUACAGAGAAAUGUGUGUUCAAUUUCCCAGAGAUGUUUUAGAGUCUAAAAUGGCUUUAAUUUUUGUAAAAAUAAAAAAAAAAUUAAAAAAACGUGAUAAAACUCUCGGAGUAUUCCCUCUUCUCCGUCCUAAACGAUCUGUGGAGUCAGCAGCUCGGCGGACACGUCUGACGGGAUACUCUGCCUGGAAACACCGCAAACUAAUCGGAACCGGCGGCCGACAUAGACGGACGACUCUCGUAAGAGACGAGGGGUCGACGAGGUGGGAUAAAAUUAAUGACUGUUCCCGACAGCAGCUAACAGCUCACACACAAACACACACUCACGAGGACACACACACACUUCCUAUCAGUGGGCGGAGUUGUCAGUGUUGUAAACAUGUCAUUUAUUUAUACUGUCGAACACAGAAAGUGAAUCCAAACGGACUGUGAUGGUGUUUAGGCCAAAAGGUUACACUUAAAAACCCUUAACAGUCCAUAAACAAUUAAUACAUCUGCUGUAUUAGUAUGUAAAAGACCAAAACCUACUCAAACCAUGGAUUUAUUCUGACAGCAUAGUGACUGACAUAUCUUCCUCAAUAUGUGACAAACUUAAUUAUUGUGGGUUAAUGAGUAAUAUUCAUCGAUGGUUUUCUGUUUUUCUGUCUUUGAAGAAUCAGCUGUAAAACCAUCAACUUCAGGCUAUUAAGUUGAACGUCAAGGCAAUAUCCAAGCAAUAAAUGAUAAACAUAUAUAUAGAUAUAUCCAAAGUAAAAAUCAAGAGCAGAAAAAAGCUAAUAAAUUUUGCCUAAGAGAAGCCUGAGCCCCUAAUUCUGCUCAAAAUUUAAAAAAAAUUAAAAUGCUGACUAUGGCCUGUAAAUAAUGUAAAAACAUGUGUGGCGUAAACUCAGCAGGAUUCCUGUUAUGUGUGAAGCGAUUGUGUUGACCUGACACAUGUCCAGGCUGUGCUUAAUACAUGUAAUAGUUUUUUUUUUUUUUGCAAACAGUCUUCUUGCAUCAGGUGGAAAGGUUUUAUUGUGAAUGAUCCAGCUUGUACUGAUGAAAAUUAGGUUGUUCUGUAGUUGAAAAGAGGUGUUACAAUGUUCUGCUCAGGAGUUAUCCACCCAGGACAGAGAAACCUGUGAAUGUAUUUGUAAUUUUAAGAGUGUUUUCAGUGUGAUUUCAGCAGGAGCUUGCAUGGUCCUCUCCUCUGCUUCAUGGCAGUUCAUCUUAUCAUUAGGUGGCUGACCUAAGCCAACCAGCUGGCAGGCAGGUUGUUGAUGAAAAGCAUGUAUUGAGGCUUUUACAAUAUUAGAUCAUUACCUCAUGGUUAUUGUGACCAUUAGCAGAGCUGGCCCAAGCCUCAAUGAGGCCCUAAGCUAAAUUUGAUUUUGGGGCCCUCUAUUUCUGCCAAUAAUAUUGAUUGUUGAUCAUUCACACAUCUUCACAAAUCUCUUAAACAUUCCAUGACAUGCAAACAUACCUUUAUCUUUUUUUCUCUUCUUCCUCUUUCUUUUCUCUGAUCCUGAAGGACGUCCUUUUUGGGACAUUGUUUUGCCCCACAACUACGUGCACUUUGGAUGCUCAGUGCACAUUGUACAGCAGGAGGCACAUAACGGUAGUGCAGCUUUGACAUAUCGGCAGUAAGAAUCAUAAGCCUACAACAGCAGCACUAAAAUGUUUUUACUUUAUUUUAUUUUUAGAAUAAUAUAUAUUUGAUCCUACAGAAAGCAUCACUCAGACAUGCAAAAAAUAAAAAAUAUUAUUUGUUUUUUAUUUGGAUUGCUCUUUGGGGCCCCCUAUUGGCCGCGGGGCCCAAAGCAGGUGCUUUGUUCGCUUAUGCCUUGGGCCGGCUCUGGCAAUUAGAUAUCAUGAGUACCAGUACUGUGACAUAUAGCUGUAGCUGACUUGCUAGCAGUUGCUGCUCCCUCUUGAUCUAUUCUAGUUUGAAGACAUGCAGCAACCAGUGUGAAAGACCACUACCGUGAACUCAGGGUUACACUGUAGGCUUAUUUUAAAAACACAAUAAUGGCAUUUUGCAACAGUCUGGGGUUGUGCCCUCUUUGCUUUUCACUCCAUUUUCGCUGUGUGACAGGUGCAGUGUAAAAAGAAAGGAAAGUACAACACUUCCCACAAGAAAACAUCAAUAAAAGUAUGAAUAUGAAAACAACAAUUAGGAAGUUCAUGAACAAAAAAGCUUAAUUAGAGUUAUUUGAGUAAUUACUUUUAUCCCAGGCAAAAAUGAAAGGCAGCAAACAUUGUAUGCAUGACUCUGAUGCCUGAUUUCAAGCAUUUGUGAAUGUUUGUCUUUGAGAAUCACACAAAAAGUAUCUGACUUAAUUUCAAAUAUUUGUCAUGCAGUCAUCCUGAAUUUCAAGCUCUUGAAAACAUUUUGAAACAACGUGCAGAUAUUGAUCCCCUCAUCUGACACCUUCUCCUCUGCAGAGGUGACAGGUGUGUAAAAUAGUAUGUGGAAAAAUAACCAGUCUUGUCCACUGUGGUCCAGUUUGCUUUUGGCCUCAGUAUUGACUUAUCUGCUUCAUCACCAUCUAAAACUCCUCACAGGAGCUGAAAUCAGCAUGCAGACCAGAUUCAGCAGUGUCCAUUUCUUAAAGUGGAGGAAGAAUUGAGCUGAGGCAAACACACUCUUACUUAAAUGCAAUCAAUACCACAGAGAGACUUUAAUUAAGCUGCUUGUGAGAGAUUAUUUAUCCAAAUUAUUUCCUAAAGGGUGAACCCCAUUCAUGCUACAAGUGUUCAUUUACUGCAGAAAAGGAAAGCGAGACAAAUACACCUCAGUGUCCACAACAUUUUUGAGUGGCUGUUAAAUGAGAAAAAGCAGGAAAGGGAGGAAGAGGAGUGAUAAUGGAGGACCCUGCAGCUGCACACUGCGGGUCACAUGUGGGUUUUUGUGUGGAGCUGAGAGUCCUCAGCCAAAGAGGGCAGCACCGGAGAUAAGAGCGAGCACAAGUCAAAACAAAAGAAUAUCUGAGAGAAAGAGAGGAGGAGGCUAAAUUUAGCUCGGCUUUCUCUCUGUGUGACAGCUGGGGAGGGGAAGAGAGGCAAGUGCGCUGAAUGCUGAUGGAGAUGCUCUUUAAGUUCAUGAAUGAAGCAUGUGCAGCCUGAUAUUCAGCCUGAUAUCCCAACAAAAAUAUCUGAACAGCAAAAUCUGAAGUUUUGACCCCACAGCUUCUCUCUCUCUCUUUCUGUGUUUCUGUCAGUGUCAGUGCUCGGCUGUGAUCACAGUUUUAUGUCUGUCCAGCAGAAGCUCCCCCUCAGAUGUUAUAUUUAGGUGUGGAGCAAAGGUUAGGCCGCUCGUCAACUUUUAUGUGAAUAUUAUCACAAGUUAUUGCUUUGCAGUUCAGCCAGAAACCCACAGCCGUAACAUGUUUGUGAGGCAGUUAAUUUCUGCUUCUGAAAGGCCUGCUGCCUGUUUUAAAGCCGUCCAUUACUUCUACUCAUGUUUUGACGCACUGGUUGUAAUCUCUGUUCGUCACUUUGCUGUGAAUAAAAUCAGACAUGAAGGUGUGAAAUUAUUCAGCAGCAUUUUGUUCCUGUUUAUUCCAGAUCAAUAACAGGAACGUCCACACAGCUCUUGGGUCUCAGGCUACAGACUGUACAAACAGAGCUCAGUAGAUUCAGCUAGAUUCUGGUUUAAAUUGAAGUCGUUGGCAGCACUCUUUAGUUGUAUGCCACUUCAACAGGACCGUCCAAUGUAAAAGAAAAAAAGAACCCAAUCUGCUUAAAAAUGAAACACCUUAAAUGGACCAAUAAUGCUGAUCUGUGUUUAUUCCUUUGGGUAAACAACUGUGAAUAUGCUGAUUUUGAUUUUAUUCCGUUAGUUAGUAGACAUGCGCUCGUUUCUUUGCUUCUCAUGACAAGAGAUUGUGUGGGAACACUCAUAAGAACUCACUGGUUCAAACUGGUUGGAGAAUGAAACAAGGAGAAGUAAGAUGACAACAAAAGCUACUAAUCCACACAAUCCACACUGAACUUCAAUCCCCUUUAUUGUGCCAUACAGCUAAAAUGUCAUAGUGGCAGGCUACAGAGGCUACAAAUAUUAGAUCUAAAUCCAUCAUAACCCACGGAGAGACAGAAUUCUUAUUCCCUUUUACUGUGGAGACAUUUGAGCAUGUGCAGAACUUGUACCUCCAAGAAAGCAAUAAUGAUACUGAAUCAUAUCAUAUGUCUGUGGGUUUAUUCCUAAAAUUCAGGCAAAAACCAGAGUAAUAAACAUCUUUUUGGAAGACCGUUUUGCUAGUUGAUCAAAAAAGUAAUUACACAAAUUGAUGAAUAUACCUGUCAGGUUCUCAAAGAGGAAGAUGAUACACCACCACUGUGUGAAAUAUUGUGUUUUCAGAGAGUCAGUCAGUUACAGCUAGCUGUUGAAAAUGAUGUCAACUCGACUAUUUCUGGUUGAGACGGUCACUCGUUAGUUGCAUCCUGCUUUACUUUUUUUGUCAGAUUGGCGAGGAGACGCUGAUUUGGGUCCAAAGUGUCCAGUCGAGGAAAUCAAGAUGGUAGGUUUCCAAAAAGCUUUUCAAUAUUUUAGCUUCAGUAGUGCGUAGCUGGAAGUAGAGCUGUACCAUAUCAACCUUGUUAUUCCUGGUGCUAAAACCUUUACGUUUCAGACACUCACUUUUCUUACGAAGUCAGACAAAUUUGAAAGAAGUCUUUGUUUAAAAAAAGAAAAGAAACUGGUUCACGUUUGAGGAAAGGUUUCAUCUGAUUAUAUUGGCGGUUAAUGCAAAAGCUGUUGUCCCCUAAGUGGAUCAAUUUCUUCUGGGUUUCUGUGAAAACCACCACCAUCUAAAAACUCUUCUCAUCUUGUGUAAUUUCCCAGCAUGUAUUAGAGACCACCAGAGAAGCUUUCACAGCCCACACUGUGAUGGUGUAAAGUGUAAAGCAGAGUAAGAUGAUCCCGUCGGCUGCAUUAGCUGAGCUGAUUGAGUUGUGUUUGAUUGGAUUGGCGCCGUUGACGCAUCAUUCUGGAAGGAAUAAGAGAUGUCCGAGCUGAUAACCAAGAGGGGGUUGAUCUCUCUCAUCCUCUUUCGCUUUAUCAACGUCUGAGUGUCUUUGGUCUCCCUCACUCCCUGCUUUUUAUCUUAUCACCUACUGCUAAAAGAUCUGUCUGUCUGAGUUUAUUUUAAGGCUGAAGUCUGUAAGAUUGUGCUGAUUGUCUGUCCUUUCACUCGUCUCAGACUCAGAGUUAAACAUGAAAAAAAAAGCCAAACAAACAGGAUUUUCAACUGUUUUGAUCAUGUAAGUAAAACUCAACCAGAAGAGGGUUUCUGGAGCCAAUUCUGGUGCAAUGAUGCAAAUCAAUGUGAAAACAUAUUGCACCAAAUGUUAUCCUCUAGUCAUCCUAGCUGCCCCUGCUAGAUUCAUUCACUGAAGCUGUGGCCUCAUUUCAGCCAAAUGUAUGUACACCAAAACACGUCAUAUAAGCCCAAGUCAAAAGCAUUUAAUGUAGUGCACUUGUCAAAGUUAUCACUAGAUUUUGUGUGCCUGGUCUCUCUACUGACAUGCAGUGGGCUGCAUACCAUGGCAGUGUUGCUGUCUGUCACUCUGUUGCUUUGGUGGAGAGUGCAUUAACAGUUUAGCAGUGAAAGACUUGUACCUGGCAGGCAGAUUUAUCCAACCCUUCAAACUCAAAUUGAAACAUUUAGUAUGUGCCAAUUUUUUCCACGUAAAAAACCGAGUGAAACUUUUGUCUUUACUUCUCAGCCAAGCAUUGAGUGGAAAUAAAACUUCAGGGUGAAAUAUAUUUCAUAACUAUUUAUGAGCCAACAGUAAAUCACUUUGAUGCUUUGAGGGCACGACAACUGCAGGUUGAAUGAGAACAUACACAGACAUCACUGCAGGAUUAACAUUCAUUUAUUCAUUUAUGUAGGAUGGCUUGUUUUGCUGCUUGGUUGGACAGGAAUGAUUUUGGUUCUUUGCUUUUUGUUUGUUUGAAAUUUUUAUUUGUCUGAAAUGUUGAUAGAUUUUUAUGUUAUACUGCACCGAACUUAGUAGUUCAGGGUUGUGCAUGCUGCAUGUGUUAUCUAAAAGAAUGGGUGAAAUAAAGGUACACCUUUUUUAUUAGCUUACUAUUGAGAAUAAAGAGGGAAAAACAAGUAAAAAUAAAAGGAAAAGAAAAGACUUCUAACGAACAUAAAACUAGUUGAUAAAAACUGUAAAAAAGAAAAAAACUAACUUGUAAGUGGCCUAUACUGACUUCUUUGUUGAAAAUGCCAUUUCUUUAUUUUCUAACUAAAAAAAGACUUUGAAGACUUUCUUUGAUAUUGAUUUGUAUUGUAUUUUUGUAACAAAACAAAUACACAACUCUAUUUAUACAGCUCUUGUCAUAGAAAACAGCAUGCUUUUUAAAAAGAAAAGUUGACAGCAAUAUUCAAAAUAAAAGAUUUUGAAAUUAAAAUAAAGAAAUCUUUUAAUUAAAGGUAAUUAAAAGAUUUAAGAUACAGUAAAAUAAUUGUAAGUUGUUAGAGUAAAAUCAGUAAGAUAGACAGAUGUAAUUAAAAUCAGUUAAGAGAAGAAAAAAAAAACAAUAAAAACUAAACAAACAAACAAACAAAAAAAGGUCCAGGCAUAAGCCACGCCCACUUUUGGCCUCUUUAACUUCAGCCAUGAAUUAUUUUUUUGGGUUAAAAAGGUGCAAAUAUAGAAAAUGAUGCAGGACUCAGAUCAUUAACUAUCUUUUUUGUUAAAGUGGGAAUAUUUAUUUAUUUAUUUUCCCCAGGUGUGACUUCUAUGUUCUGUUGGCGUCUCUAAUAAUGGGUGGAGAGCAGAGCCAUGCGAGAGAGGAGAAAGAGGAGGAGACUGAAAAACAACAAGAACCUGCAAACACCCAGCGCUCAGAGUCUACUGAAGACUCUGCUGAAGGUAAAAUGAGAUUUAGAGACCAUGUGAGGAAAAGAGAGGACGGAUUUGGCAAAACAGUGUUAACACGGAUGAGUUAUUGACCCGGAAAGACCUGAUCUGUGAAUAUAAUCCCAGUACUUGUGACCUGAAUCAGGACUCCUAAAAUCUUAACAAAGUUUUCUGGGAAGGAUUUAUUUAUUUUCACAUCUUUGUAUUUGUCUGUGGAAAUUACAAAGUGAACUUUUUCCUGCUUAAAAAUGUCCUCAGGAUGUUGAGAAAUCGUUCUGGGGUUGAUAAACUUUAUAAGACUAAGGGUUAGGGGAGAGCAGAGCCAUGAGACAGAGGAGAAGGAAAAGGAUUCGAGCUAAAAGAAAACACUUAAAUCUGCUAAAUCUGCAGCAGCUAUAACAACACAAACACUUUCAUAUUCUUUUACUUUAGGAUUGCAUUUAGAUGCAGGAUAUAAUGACACCUUUUUACAAGAACGGAGUAUGAAACAUGAAUCAAACUGUACAAACUCAUCUGUUAAAAAAAGCAUUGCACAAUCAAAAAACAACUGACUAUAAGUGAGCUGUUUUUUUUUUCAUCAGGAUGGAGUUUCAUGAGUGUAAAUUUAUGUAUAGCGGUCAUCUUGAACCCUUCGUGAGCCCAGAAGAAAACUGUCAAUGCACAUGUUGUCUUCAUGCAAAUUUAUGAAUUUUGAUGAUAUAUUUCACCCCCGCAGACACCCUGGGGGAGCUGCCCCAGUGCCAGAUGGGAAGCAGAAAGGUGGACAACAUGUGCUUCAUGAUCUCGUGCACUAACUGGUACUGAACUGAUCUGAAUUUAAAGGGAAAAUAGACACUGAAAGGAUUUCUUGGCAGGAUGCUGCAUGUUUGAACUCAAGGAAAAGAUGCCAUCAACAAACUCUGAUGCGCCCAAGUCUACUUUGGAAAAUCCCAGAGUGCUGGUGAAUGGUUGGGCGUUGAAUAAAGACUUGUUAAACGUUGACUGUUAAACAGAUUGAAGCUGAAGUAGAGGAACUUGCUCGACCUCUGUUUCUGUACUGACAAUAAACCAAACAGUAUGAAAAUAAAAUGUUCUGUGAAAUGAA